AUGUGACCUUGCGUCACUACUCCCCAGCCUUGGGAACUGUCCGCUGGGCUGACUUACAUCCACUGCACCAGCAGGGUAAUGUUAUGCAGAGCGGGCGGUCAUGGCUUGGAAGUCGAGGACCCGCAGCCUACAAGUGUUUGACACGGAGCAGAGUGCUGACACGGUGGAGUGGUGUCCUGUUUCACCGAGCCACAACAUCCUGGCCUGCGGGACAUAUCAGCUACAGAAGGGGGCAGGGGUAGAGGAUGUCACCCCAAGCCGGACUGGUCGUUUGUACCUUUUUAACUUUGAGCGAGGGGGAUCGAUGAGUCCUCCUCUCACUGAGCUGCAGCGCUUGGACACAGCGGCCAUUUUAGAUAUGAAAUGGUGCCAUGUGCUGGUGUCAGAGAAGGCAGUGCUGGGAACAGCAGCUGCUACAGGGGAGCUGCAGCUGUACACGCUGUCAGACAGUCAGGAAGGCAGCUGCAGUCUGCAGCCUCUGAGCAGUUUGGAGGUGGGAGCAGAGCGGCUGGCUCUGUCAUUAGAUUGGUCCACAGGUAGAAUGGACAGCAGCAGUGAUGUGCGGGUGGUGUGCAGCGACUCUGCAGGCUGUGUCAGUGUGCUCUCUCUGGCUGAAAGCUCUCUGACAACUCUGUCACAGUGGAAAGCCCAUGACUUUGAGGCCUGGAUCUCAGCUUUCUCAUACUGGGAUACACAGCUGGUUUACUCUGGUGGUGAUGACUGCAAACUUAAAGGCUGGGAUCUCAGGGUGGGCCCAUCCUGUCCCACUUGGACCAGUAAAAGGCACUCAAUGGGUGUGUGCAGUAUUCAGAGCAACCCACAUCGAGAACACAUCCUGGCUACAGGCAGCUAUGAUGAGCAGGUUUUGCUGUGGGACGGCAGAAACAUGCGGCAGCCUCUCAGUGAGAGCGCGAUGGGUGGUGGAGUGUGGAGGCUGAAGUGGCAUCCAACCCAUCAGCACCUGCUGCUGGCAGCCUGCAUGCACAAUGACUUCCAUAUCCUUCACUGCCAGCAGGCCCUAGAGGGCAGUGGGGGAGCUUGUCCCAUUGUCGCCUCCUACAUCCUCCACAACUCCCUUGCGUAUGGAGCUGACUGGUCCCGGCUGUCCCUGGAGAAACCUGCUCCUUGCUCCCCUCCUGCUGCAGAACCAAAGGAAAGCCUCACAGAAAGCAGAGGACACUUAAGGAUUCAGUAUGAAUCUCCCACUGCCAGCUUUGACACUUCCCUGGAGGAUGAUGCUGGACGAUACAUCCCAGAGGGUGUUGCGGCGCCGUCUACCAACCCUACUGCAGGCCCCGUCCUCAGCCCUGACCACGAUGCCCCCUCAUUGUCCUGUCUGCUCGCAAGCUGCUCAUUCUAUGACCAUAUGCUCCAUGUGUGGCGCUGGGACUGGAAUCCAGAUGAGGCUCAACAGGAAUCACAGCAGUGUUGACCAGAUGACACUAUAGAAACAUGUUCUAUCAAAUAUGAACCAAAGUACAGCAGAAUAUACAGCCCAGCUAUGACGUGCGCGUGACACACUGUUAUUAAGUCCCCUUCACUUUGGAAUACCAUAUCACAGAAUGUGCAGUUAACAAAACCCUAUAUUUUCAUAACUACACUGAUUUUUAUAAACUUAUAUUUACACAUGAAGAUCAGUAUAACCGUUCAUCCACGAUCCUUCCCUUUGUUAUAGCUUUUUUAAGCAUUUUGUGAUUUUGUUAAAGAAACACAGUAACACCUCGUUUGAAGACCAGCAUCAGCUUUUAACACAUGAAGCAGGGACCCAUACUGUCUGUGUGAAUGUUUCUGAAGAUUUUAUUGAGCACCAAAGGACAUUCUCUUCAUUUGUAAGCCUCUGGCCUUCUAGGAACUUAGUGCUCCUGGAUUCAGUGAAGUGUGAAUGACAUUUUGACAGGAUUUAUGCUUGAUGAUGUGAUUUUAGUCCAAACAGGCAGGGUGAAGGCUGCUAUUAAGGCUCCCUUGUAGUGAACCUCCUCUGGAGAACCCCCUUUUUUAUUUGUCAAGUGUGAUGCCAGCCUCUGUGCUGCUACCCAGAAAUCUGAGGUGGUGACCUUCACCAUAUGAUGAUUUUGUAAACUUCACCACAGAACGUCCAUGACAUUUUCUGACCAAUAAAAUUACAUUGACAACUUCUACUUUCACUGUUAAUAUCUUUACUUGAACACAAAAAAAGCAAAAAAAAAAAAAAAAAAAAGGACUAUCAGCCUCAGAACAUUCAUCUCUGUGUCAUAAUUUAUUGUUAACCCACA